AUGAAAAUUACAAAUAUACUACUCGUUAUUUUAUUUUGUGUGUAUGUUGGAGCACAAGCGGACAUUAAACGAGAUUGUCGUCAGCAAACGAAUGUUUCUUGGGUAUCCUUAAAGCAACUAAAGGCUGGUAAUAUUGAACAAACUGAUAUAAAAUUAAAAUGUUAUUUGAGAUGCUUUAUGAUAAAAAUUGGUAUUCUUAAUGAGAAUAACAAUGUAGAUGUUGAAAAAGCUCUGCGUCAUCUCCCGCGCAAUAUGCAAGAGUCAUCGAAAAGAAUUCUUAAUCGAUGUAAAUCGAUUCAAGCAGAGAAUACUUGCGAUAAAGCUUUUCAAAUAGCUAUAUGCUACGUUAAAGCGCAACCUGAAAUCUUGAAAAGCAUAUCGUUUAUUAUUUAG